CUGCAUAGUAUGUUCUUGGAUGUUUGUUCAAAUCGGGAAGUGCAGUGUGCCAUGACUAAGCGGCACCUCUCCAUAUUCCAAUUCUAGUGCACUCAGAACACUUUACGCGACCUCCAUAUCAAACGCGUUUCCUCGAACAAACAAACAUACUAGAGCAUCGUCUCAAUUCACCAUUAUUCUACAAAAUUUCAACAACGAUACCUACACAUAUCUGAAAAUGGCUACCCAAAACGAUGUUGCAGAUGAAACCCCUCCUCAAAUCAAUCCAUACGAAGUUCUCGGUAUUGAGAAAUCUGCCUCUGAAGAUGAGAUCAAACGUGCAUAUCGUAAAUGCGCUUUGAAGCACCACCCAGGUAUGCCAUAGUAUUCUUCAUUACUUUUGGAACCUAUAAAAUCUAUGCGAUUUUUUUCACGGGAUUAUCACUUUCGAUUUCAUGAAACACAACCAUCUCAAAAGUCAAUUACACAGCUAACAAUAUCCUAGACAAAGCUCCAGCACAUCUCAAAUCUGAUUCCCAUACCAAAUUCCAAGAAAUCGCUUUUGCAUAUGCCAUCCUCUCUAAUCCUAAUCGUCGCAAACGCUAUGAUCGUACUGGAUCUACCUCUGAAUCUGUCGAUGCUGAUGGUUUCUCCUGGACCGAUUUCUAUUCCGAGCAAUACAGAGAUAUUGUUACUGCCGAUGCCAUUAAUGAAUUUUCCAGUAUCUACAAAGGUUCUGUUGAGGAGAAGGAUGAUUUGCUCACAGCUUAUACCGUACACGAAGGAAGAUGGGGGAAAAUGUACCAGGUUAUUAUGUUAAGUGACCCAAUCCAGGAUGAAGAACGAUUCCGCGGGAUUAUCGAGGAAGCAAUCAAGAAGGGAGAGGUUGAGGAAUAUGCUGUCUUUAGACAGGAAACUAAGGCUUCGAAAGCUAAGAGAAUGAGGAAGGCUAGGGAGGAGGAGAAGGAAGCUGCGAAGGCCGCGAAUCAGUUAGGUGCUGAUAAAUUAUUGAAGGGAUCUAGUGGAAACGGAGCGGAGAAGAGUAAAAAGUCAAAGAAACAGGUCCCUGAUCAUAUGGAUGAUUUGGCUGCUAUUAUCCAGGCCAGGCAAGCCUCAAGAGGUAGUUUCCUUGAUGUAUUAGAGGCAAAAUAUGCGUCAGGUGGAAAGAAGUCGGCAAACGACCCAAGUGGAUUGGAUGAAGAGGAAUUUCAGAGAAUUCAAAACGGUUUAGGCUCGAGUAAGAGUAACGGCAAAGCCAAGGGCAAAGGGAAGAAAAGAGGAGUCGAUUCCGAGGAUGAUGUUGAGGCAGAUAAAAUACCAACACCCAAGAAGAAGUCAUCAAGGGGCAAGAAGAGAGAACCUGUGGUAGAGGAAGAAGUUGAGAAUGAAGAUGAAGAUAUAGAAAUGGAUGACGGUGGUAAUGAUUAUCAAGCAGAAGAAGCGGAGGAAGAAGAGGAAGAAGAGAUCGAGGUCGAGGUCGAGAAACCAGCCCCGAAAAAGAGAGCGAUGAAACCAGCCACUCGGCAAUCCAAGCGCAGUAGAACUACUCGGGCAUGAUGAUAUGAUAUCUACAUAAGGAAAUGGAGUUUGGUGGAGGGUUUUUCUUUAGCACGGCCGGAUGGAUAUGACAUGACAUGCAUAGAAGUAGGCGUUGAUAACUACGAUGGUUUAAUAUGAGGCUUUAUCCAUUUUCAAUACAACUCCUAAUCAAAAUAUGCAUUUCAUUUGAGCCUUU